AUGUUGCGUCGUGCCGCUGAUAACCCCGGCGACAAGCCCCCCAGCGGCAUCCUCCGCCGCCCCAGCAACAACGGCGGUGAAGCCGCAGACGACCGUCGUGGCGACCGCCCUGGUAUCCGCUUGGCUCUGCCAGAGGACCACCACCGUGGUCGCAGCCGCUCCAACAGCCCUGGCCAUCGUGCUCGCCCCCAAGACCAAGGGCCUCGCCGGGUUCCACGCCUUCCUCGCCGCGCUCGUCUUGGUCAGAACGACGAAGGCCCCGACCACAACCGCCUUCCCCAUGACGACGACGACCCCGUUUACGUUGGCCAUGCUGUCCCCGGCGGCGGCCACCCCCUCGCGCUCCAGGGCGAGCCCGUCGCCUACGAUCACCCCAACCACGACGUCGACUGGCUUCCUCCCCUUGUCGCAGCACACCCUGACCGUGUUCUUGCCCCUGCUGCCCAACGCCGUCCUCUCCCCGAGUUGAUCGAUUUGAGGGCCGCCGAUGUCCACCCCGUUCCUCGCCAACACCAUGCUGUCGCCCAUGCCCCCCGUGCCCAAGCCGACCAUGACCGGCUCCGUCUUCGCAUGCUUCAGGAUCAGAGGCGUGAGGAAGAGGAUCACUUGCGUGCCCAGGAAGACGUCAAUCGCGAGGAGGAAGCUGUUAGGCGUGCACUCAUGCCCAUACCCUUCACCCAAGACGAGCGCGACCGACGUCAAGCUGUCGACCUCGGCGUCCAGAGGGACAACCACCGCCGUGCCCAGGAAGACAUGCGUCGCGCAAACGAGGAUCUGGCGCGUCACCAGGACGACGAAAAGGAGAUGAAGCGCGAGGUCCGUCGCAAGACGCAGAUCUUCCUUCGUGUUGAAAAGGAGAUGGCCCGCGGGGUGGAGGCGGCCCGCCGCGCCGGCCAUCUCUGA